AUGGACUUUGUGAACAAAUUGACUGGGUCUGGGAAUAACUCAGAAAAUCGUGCUGGAGAGAACAGCUCGGAGCAGCAGAGCGGCGGCGGCGGCGGCGGCUUCAUGGGCAAAAUAAACAACAUGGCCGGCGGAGGCGCUCAAGGCGAAAAGAAUGAAGAUUUUCUUGACAAAGGUCUCUUGAAACUAAUGCAAUGUGUCGAUUUUGUUCAAGAAAAAUUCAUGGGUCAAGGCGAUCAGAGCAAUGAAUCAGCAGCUGAGCAACAAAAGGACGAGGUUAUAUCUGACAUGAUUCGUGACAAAUACAAGGGUGUCACGGGGAGCGAUUUUCCCAUCAAAGAUAAAGAAAAGAAUUACGGAGCGUAA